AUUCAGCAGACAUUGGUCCGGUCCUUUUUCUUCAGCUGCUGCAGUGACCAACAUCUAAUGUUUUCAUCUUAGGCUGAUUUCUGCUGCCCAAAUCUCAAGAUCUCCUUCUUAAGGAGAGAAAGAGAUGGCGACGUACAUCCCCAGCGGAUGCAGCAGCGUCGCGGCGGCCAGCGGGACCGUGGCGGGGCCCGUCGCCAUGCCUAACGUGGUGGUGUGGGAGUGGCAGACGGACACCGGACACUGGCGCCCGUACGAGCCGGCCGUCUGUCGCCUGCUGGAGCAGGAGUCACCGACACCGAGUGUUGGUCUGGUGAAGGCUGACCAGCGGCUGGGGGUGUAUGUGGUGGACAAGGACACCAUGGAGCAACUACGGACAGAUACAGGCACAGUGCGAUCUGUCAGGAGAAAGGAGUACCCCCCAGAAUCUGCCCCAGGCCGGGGGGUGGUGUGGCAGUGGUGGGGGGACUGCGCCUGGUCACUCUACGACAUGGACACGUGCUACGUCCUGGAGGGCGCGUACAUCUCCGGCUUGCCCUCCGUCGACCUUCUGCACACCAUGGCCAACCUACCGUACACCAUAGACUUCCGAACCAUGACUCAGACCCGACAGGAGACGGGCUACACCAGGAAGAUCCAGCGAGUUCAGAUGCCUGUCGUGUACCCACUGUCGGGAAACUAUAACUACGUCAGCACCGGCAAGAUGCCAAGUCCCACUUAUGUGAACGGCCAUGUACACUGCAAUACAGCCGUAGUGCCAAGCACGUCUGUUGGAGGGAGCAAUAAAAGGACCCAUAGUGCUAGCAGUGUAGCGGCGCCACCUAGCGUUUCUGGCGUGAAAAGCAGGAACGGGAUGAACUCGAAACUGUCGACAAGUACAAAUGGUAUGGCGGCGGUGUUUCCUCCUGCUACCACGCCGUUACCCGUGAACGCAGGAGCGAGGCCGCGAGCACGGAGCACGCCCGCGCUGGUCAGCGGAGGACAGCCCACGACGGUCGUCGCACAUAACAGACAUGCCAUUUCCCACCUAACACACGCAGUCACAGGUAUGACAGGCUUGCUGAUGUCCCCAGCCCUACCUGUUCGCCUGACCCACUGCACAGGACCCAUCCUCAGCCCCCCGCACGUGUCAAAAAUGGAGUGCCGCCCUGUACAGGGGGUCCCCCCUCCCAAGAAACUUCGUAGGAAAUCCUCCAAGACCAAGAACAGCCUGAGUGGACCUGACGUCUUGAAGAAAUACUCUGUUAAGAUGAAGGAACAACCCCCAGAUGAGGAUUGUCCCAUCUGCUGUGAGAACUUAAGAGGACCAUCUGGUUACGAUGCCACAGACAACAUGGCCCCGACCAUGGUGACCAAACUGCAGCACUGCAACCAUGUGUUCCACGGAGUCUGUCUACUCGCCAUGUACAACAGUGGGUCAAAGGAUGGCAGUUUGCAGCGUCCCACCUGUAAGAUGAUCUAUGGGGAGAAGUGGGGAACCAGCCGCCCGGCACCCAUGGACUACCACGUCAUCCCCUACCCACUACCCAGCUAUGUGGACUGUCACACCAUCCGAAUCAUCUACACCAUACCACAUGGCAUACAGGGUCCAGAACAUCCCACCCCAGGGAAGAAGUACACAGCACGAGGCUUUCCUCGCCUCUGCUACCUGCCCGACACUGAAAAAGGACGCAGGGUACUCCUGUUGCUGAUUAAGGCGUGGGAACGUCGCCUCAUCUUCACCAUCGGUCGCUCCACGACCACGGGAGAGGACAACACCGUCACGUGGAAUGAGAUCCACCACAAGACGGAGUUCGGCUCCAACGUGACUGGCCACGGCUACCCAGACCCCGAGUACCUGGAUAACGUCAUUGCGGAGCUGGCGGCACACGGGGUGACUGACUGAGUGCAAACACAACACGCACGUCGGUAGAACAUACCGCGCCUGCGCAGGACUCUGGAUUUUCGCAGUUUUCGUUGGAUUUUUGGUCAACGUUGCAUCAGAAUUUUGCCUGUUGCAGACGAUAUCUUUUCCAACAUAACAUUUGGAAACUAUUGAUGGAAUGCUAACCUUGUAUGCGCGAAUACAACCUUAUAUGAGACGUUCUGCCAAAGUGCUAUGAUCAAUACAUUAUGGAUUUCGCGCAGGUGCAGUACGUUCUGCUGACGUGCUAACACAACAGACUCUAUAGUCACAUGGUUCGGAUUUAGUGCAACUUUUAGUUCAGCAGUACUUGGUGGGCAUUGUAGGAUUUUGGCACCAAAACUUCAAAUAUUCUGAAUCUAAAAUAUCUUUUCAGAUUAGCAUUUGCCAACUAAUUUUUCCUGAAAUCACAUAAUUUUUCCAUAUUCUGCUGUUUGUAAAUAACACAAAAGCAAGCCACUCAAAAUUUUUAGUAGUCUUUGAAAAAACUGCUUAGUCAUAUGUUUAAGACUUUCUCCUGAAGUCACAUCCAUAUGCUGUGAAUACUGCUGGGUAGUGUAAUAAUGUAGAUCAAACUCAUGUACUGAUAUGAAAAAAAUUACCCAAAUCAAUGACUUUGUCUCUGUUUUGAUCGGUCAGAUUCUACAAUUCCCAUGUUUAUAAGGUGACAAAGAAAUGUACAUGUACUACUAAUAUUAUGAUAUUGCUAACACAUUCAGUUAAACGAUUCUCUAGAUUUCUGUUAUUAAUUUACUGUAUAGUAUUGACUGGGACCAGUUUGAAUGACUAGCCAGGUCUUUUGAAACUGGCCACGGACUGGGAAAGAUCCAUGUCCAAUAUACACUGGUUCAACCUAGUUUUUAACUGGUUAACAUGUAUAUAAUGUCCUGGAACAGAAAUGCAUUCCAAGGCUCAAAGUACUAUUAGUAGCACAAGAUCCUGCAUAUAUGCGGGUUACUGCUGGUAAAUUUGGAGUUCUGCAAGUACAUGUAUUUCUUUCUUUCUGAAGUGCAACACACUAGCAUGGCCAGAGAAUAGGGUUUUAAAUACCUUGUAUCGUAGCAAGCAUAGUUUGUAAAAGCCAAUUUGGUUACAAUCAUGCAUUUUAGUGUCAAAAAGAAGUAUCACAUCUUUGUUGACAGAAUCAAAGUUCACAAUUUGAUGAAAUCAGAAGUACCAGUAAAUGCUGUCUUA